UCUGUGAGCAGCAGGCAGUAUGCGUGUACUUGAUAGUUUUUUGCUUAAUAGAAGUGCAAUGGCAGCUCCUUUAUUGGACGUUAUUAAUUAAACGUUGAUAAUAGUCUUACAGUUCUAUAAACAACAAGAAAUGCAAUAUGCCUUUGGAUUGACCUACCUAUGAAUUGUUUCAUUAUAUAAACCAUGCUCCUGAAUUCACUGGGAAAAUGCUUUGGCUCUUUCCUUUCGUCGUGGCUGAUCUAGUGGCCCCCUUUGAGGUGACUGCCCCUGAUAAACAACUGAAGGCCAUUCGCGGUCGUCCAGCUAUACUUGGCUGUAGGUUCACACCAGAUCCCGAUCUCUCAAACUUGGUGGUUACCUGGCAACGGCAGGAAGAUGUACAGGUCGUCCACAGUUUCUAUUAUCAAAAGGACCAGUUGGAUUGGCAGAGCCCGGUAUACCGCAGUCGGACAUUCCUGUAUAAAUCAGAGCUUGCUAAAGGAAAUGCCUCUUUACAAAUAACGGAAGUCAGCCCAAACGAUACAGGCGGGUACUUGUGCAUAGUGACCAAUUCACAGGGAAGCGCAAGAGCCUUGGUAGAGUUGACUUAUGGAGCUCUAUAUUCUGAGCCCAGGUUAAGCAUCCAUAUAAACUCCUCAGCAUUCAUAGUGAAGUUUGAGACGGAAGGAUUCCCCAAACCUGAGGUGAACUGGCUAAGUAAGCAGGGUGAAAAUCUCACCCAUCAACUGGAGCUCAUCGAUCUGACAGAAGAUGGACUGUAUUUCAUAAGGAGCAGCUAUGUAACCCAGAGGCCAAUGGUUAAUGUUACAUUUACACUGAAGAACCACCUCCUCAACCAGAACCUUGAGAGGCCUGUGAUCCUCAUCUAUGAUGAGGUCACUGCCACAAAUCAAGCACCUGUUGCAGUUAUCAUACUUGCUAUGUUGUGUAUUAUGUUGUUUAUCUGCAUCAUUAUAUUAACAUUGCAGAGACGGAAAAUGCAGAGAUCUUCAACUGCAACGAAUGGCCACGCUCUUGUACAUGCUUCAUUGAUGGAGUGAUGUAGGUUUAGGGCUUGUAUCAUUUUUGCUUUCACUCCACCCUUCUCCUCAUUUAUCAAGAAUGCAAACUGCAUGGAUUAAGUAAUUAAUUAUUCUCAGGUUUGAGCAUGUAAUUGAAAAAAAAACACAUUAGAAUUUAACUGUAAAAGUUAUGGGUGUGUGUAAGUGUUAUUGCCAUUAUUAACUGCUGUGCCUUUUUUAUACUUUUUAUGGGUGAGGAUGAUUUAAGCACACAUUUACUUCAAAUAGUUUGAGCAGCUCAUGACUAAAAAGUCCAUAUAUGCAGAUGUUUUAAUGAAAUCAUCAUUUAUAAUAUUUAUUCAAAAGUUUCAUAAGUGUCCCUGUCCUUACAUUUUUUAUUUAUUUUAUAACAUAUUUACCAUGUGCCACUAUGCUUAGACGUGGAUACUAGUUCACUGAACUUCGGCACGUUUCACAUAUAAUGACUGAAGAAGUAAUACAACUUCAGUAAAACGGUUCAGACUAAAAGUGAUGUUCCACAUGAUCAAACACAUAAUUAACCAGUGUUGUCAGUUGACAGCAACCACGACUGAUCACAGAGCAGUAAAACUACAAACACAGUCCACUUAAUCCUCUGUACUCUAGAUGAGUGUGUUUGACUGUUUUGUCUUGUAUUUUAGCAAUAAAGUCUGUAGGAGGCAGCUUUGAUUCAUUAACCUAAUCGUUUUGAAAAGUAUACCAUUUAUUGAACUUAUAUUA